AUGGAGGAGCUGGAGGAGGAGGAGGUCUGGGAGGUGAUGGCGAUGAGGCAGAGGAAGGAGAGCAGCAGCCCCAGGGGGAGGACAGCCAGGGAGCCCUCCUCCGCCGCUCCGCCGCCACCUCGCCGCCUCCCCGCCGCCGCCAGGUCGAUCCCCCGUGGCGGAGAUCGGGCGGCGCUCCGCCAGUCCGCCCCCCUCGUGAUCCCCCGCUGGGCCGUCCUCCACGGCGGCGCCACCGCCGCCGACGAAGAAGAAGAAGAAGAAGAAGAAGUAGAAGAAGGGAUGGUGGUGCCGCCUCACGAAUGGAUCUCCAAGAGGGUGGCGAGGAGGGAGAUAUCGUCCUUCUCCAUGUGCGAAGGAGCGGGGAGGACUCUCAAGGGGAGGGACAUCACCAAGGUCAGGAACGCCGUCCUCACCCGCACCGGCUUCCUCGAGCCGCCGGAGAACCUCCUCCUCCGCCACUGA